AUGAUUGUCUGGCUUCAGCUCCCCGACCUCCCGAUACAUCUAUACCACAAGGAGGUCUUAAUCUCAAUUGGCAAUCUGCUUGGACGCACGAUCAAAUUAGACUACCAUACUCUGAAUCAACAACGAGCCAAGUUUGCACGCCUUGCUGUCGAGAUUAACCUAGAGAAACCUCUGAUUCCAAGAGUUCACCUAGAUGGGGAAUGGCAGAAAAUUGAAUAUGAGAAUCUCCCGGAGGUGUGCUUCAAAUGCGGAAAGGUAGGACAUUCAUCCACUUCAUGUCCUAAACUCAGGCUGGUGCUUCAAGGUGAGCGGCCGACGGUGGCCGGAAUCUUGAACUCGGAUAGCUCGGCACCGGCGGUAACGGAACCCAGCGCUGAUUUCGGACCUUGGCUGAUUGUUUCCCGGAAAAGCCGCCGCAACAAUCGCGACCAGAAUAGGAAAGGGAAGGAGGAGAUGGACGUUGGAAAGCAGAGUCAAGGGAAUGGAUAUAAGGAUGGAAAGAAUAGAUCUUUUAAGAAGGAAAGCAGAGAUAUGAAUGGGCGGCCACACCUUCCUCAGUUGGCUUCCCAACGGGCAACUAACUAUGUGAAAAAAAUCCCGACAGCUGGCAAGAAUAAGGAAGCACCUAGAAAAGGAAAGGAAAAGGUGAUUUCUGAAGAAGCCUCGUCAAGCAAAGAGCUGUUGGGCCCCGGUCCCUCUUUCCCCAGUAAUUCUAGGCUCAAGCCCAUUCGUGACUCUGCUGGGACCUCAUGUUCGUCCCCACUAGUCGCUAACGGGCAGCCGGUCCCCCCCCCCUCCUGA